AUGGGAGGAUCUGGAUCCGGAUCUGGAGCCGGUGAUUUUCUUAUGGUCCUUAUCCGAAACAUUGAUGUUCUUGCUGGGCCUGUGGUUAGUCUUGUUUAUCCUCUAUAUGCUUCGGUUAGGGCAAUUGAGAGCAAGUCUCCCGUGGAUGAUCAGCAAUGGCUUACUUACUGGGUUCUGUAUUCCAUGAUCACUCUUUUUGAACUUACUUUUGCCAAAAUUCUUGAAUGGAUUCCUAUAUGGCCAUAUGCAAAGCUGAUUCUAACCUGCUGGUUGGUCCUUCCUUAUUUUACUGGCGCGGCUUAUGUUUAUGAACAUUAUGUAAGAGCCUUCUUAGCCAAUCCUCAGACCAUUAACAUUUGGUAUGUUCCAAGGAAAAAGGAUGUCUUCUCUAAGCCAGAUGACAUUAUUACUGCUGCAGAGAAGUACAUCAAAGAAAAUGGAACAGAAGCGUUUGAGAAUCUGAUCCAUAGGGCUGAUAAAUCACAAUGGGGAGGUAGUCACCAUACAAAAUCACAAUGGGGUGAUAGUCACCAUACAAUGUAUGACGAGCAUUACUGA